UACAAACGAACGACAAGUGGAUAUGUGGCGAUUUAAUCAUCCUAAUGAUUUUUUUUCUCGCAAAGUAUAUUGAUUGUAUUUAAUACAGGUCAAUAUAAAUCUGGUUUAAAAAGAGAAAUGAGAACUCCACUUUUAUUCUAAAGUGUUGGAAGUAGCCCGCGCUCACUUCCGUGUUUAUGUUAGCAUCGUGUUUUCAUUGGAGGGAGAAUGAUUCUCUUUCUCAUGUUUGCAAGGAAUUAGCGUGAUACACAUUUGUUCGUUGCAAUCCAGGAACAGUAUAGUCCGCUCCUAGGUAGAAGUAGCGUUGGAGGACCAAACAUGCCUGAAAUAAAAGUAACACCUCUGGGUGCUGGACAAGAUGUUGGGCGCAGCUGCAUCCUCGUGUCCAUCGGGGGUAAAAACAUCAUGCUGGAUUGUGGGAUGCACAUGGGCUUCAACGAUGAUAGACGCUUCCCAGAUUUCUCUUACAUCAUUCAAAAUGGACGCUUGACAGAUUUCUUGGACUGUGUGAUCAUCAGUCAUUUCCACUUAGACCACUGUGGCGCGCUGCCAUACAUGAGUGAGAUGGUGGGCUAUGACGGUCCCAUUUACAUGACCCAUCCCACCAAAGCCAUCUGUCCCAUCCUCCUGGAAGACUUCAGGAAGAUCACAGUGGACAAAAAAGGAGAGACCAACUUCUUCACCUCGCAGAUGAUCAAGGACUGCAUGAAGAAAGUUAUCCCUUUGAACCUCCAUCAGACAGUCCAGGUGGAUGAUGAACUGGAGAUCAAGGCUUACUACGCUGGCCAUGUGCUGGGAGCGGCAAUGGUUCAUAUCAAAGUGGGCUCUGAAUCUGUGGUGUACACUGGUGACUACAACAUGACGCCAGACAGACAUUUGGGCGCUGCGUGGAUUGAUAAGUGUCGCCCAGACAUCCUCAUCUCUGAGUCCACCUACGCCACAACCAUCCGUGACUCCAAGCGCUGCAGAGAGAGAGAUUUUCUGAAGAAAGUGCAUGAAACCAUAGAAAGAGGGGGAAAGGUACUAAUUCCAGUUUUUGCACUUGGAAGAGCACAAGAACUCUGCAUCCUACUGGAAACAUUUUGGGAGAGAAUGAACCUCAAAGCUCCAAUCUACUUCUCCACCGGCCUGACUGAGAAAGCAAAUCACUAUUACAAACUUUUCAUCACAUGGACCAACCAGAAGAUCCGAAAAACCUUUGUCCAGAGGAACAUGUUUGAGUUCAAGCACAUCAAGGCGUUCGAUCGCUCCUACGCCGACAACCCUGGACCCAUGGUGGUGUUUGCAACACCCGGCAUGCUGCAUGCAGGUCAGUCCCUGCAGAUCUUCAAAAAGUGGGCUGGAAAUGAGAAGAACAUGGUGAUCAUGCCGGGUUACUGUGUCCAAGGAACCAUUGGGCACAAGAUCCUCAACGGUCAGAGGAAGCUGGAGAUGGAGGGAAGAGCUACGCUGGACGUGAAGCUGCAGGUGGAGUACAUGUCUUUCAGUGCUCACGCCGACGCCAAAGGAAUCAUGCAGCUGAUCCGCAUGGCAGAGCCGCGCAACAUGCUGCUGGUGCACGGCGAGGCAGUGAAGAUGGAGUUUCUAAAGGGGAAGAUCGAGCAGGAGUUCAGCAUUGACUGCUACAUGCCAGCUAAUGGAGAGACGGCAACUGUCACAACAAACCCCAGUGUUCCUGUGGACAUUUCGCUCAACCUGCUGAAGAGAGAAGUGGCACUGGGAGGUCCUCUGCCUGACCCCAAGAAACCUCGAACCAUGCAUGGGACCCUGAUCAUGAAGGAAAACAGUCUGAAGCUGGUCUCAUCUGAACAAGCCCUGAAGGAGCUGGGCCUCAAUGAACACCAGCUACGCUUCACCUGCCGGGUGCAGCUGCAGGACCCCCACAGCGACUCGGAGACCCUGCACCGAGUCUACACUCAUCUGAAGAGCGUGUUGAAGGGCUACACCAUCCAGCAUCUCUCUGACGGCACUGUCAUGGUGGAGUCCAUCGUCAUCAAAAUCUCCCCCUCUGCUGAAGACUCGAGCACCAAAGUCAUUCUGCUGUCCUGGAGCUAUCAGGAUGAAGACCUCGGCAGCUUCCUGUCCAACCUGCUGAAAAAAGGACUUCCCUCUGGACUCAGUUGAAACGUUCACCGGGACAUUUGAGGUUUCACUGAAAACAGACAGCGCAGAAAGAAAAGUAUUUUUCUAUCGACAUUAAAAUCCCACUAGCAACCACUGACACACGUCAGCAGUGUCCUU